CCGGAAGUUGUAGCGGCUGCCAUGUUUAGCUGCUUUGUUGUAGAUUUCUUGUAGGUUUCCUGCAGAUUUUUAAGUGUUGCAAUGGAGUCGAGCUGGAGUACAUUUUUAUUCCAGCAGGCAAACGAGGCUCUCCACCACCAGCACCAGGUGGCCCAGAGCGGCCUUCUGCCCCUACUCAGUGCAGGAGCCGAGCCGCCAGACCAGAAGCCCGUCCUGCCCAUCCCACUGGAUCAGAAGCCUCCGGCCAGCGCUGCGGAGCUCCUGAAGGACAACGUGGCCAGUGGGACGGGGGGCGGGGGUGGCGGAGGGGGUGGUGGAGGAGGGGGAGGCGGUGGUGGAUCUGCCGGGCCUAUGGCUGUGGUGAAGAAGGAGCCAAAGACCAAAACGCCCUUCGUCUGUGGCUACUGCAACAAGGCCUUCCGGGAUAGCUACCACCUGCGGAGGCACGAGUCCUGCCACACAGGCGUCAAGAUGGUGUCGCGGCCCAAGAAGGCACAGGCUGCUCCCACUAUGGUGCCACUCAUCUCCAGUGUGCCACGCGAGGGGGGCAACCCCUCCUACAUUUCCACCAUCGCCGGCAUCCUCACCACAGCCACCACGUCGGCCUCUACAGGCUCCAGUGUCAUGUCCGCCGCUGCGGCUGCCGCCGCCGCCGCCUCUGGCAUGGCCCCCCCACCGCAGCAGCAGCCCAGCGCCCCCAAGAAGCCGGCCAAACCCGUGAAGAAGAACCACGGCUGUGAGAUGUGCGGCAAGGCCUUCCGCGACGUCUACCACCUGAACCGCCACAAGCUGUCUCACUCGGACGAGAAGCCCUUUGAGUGCCCCAUCUGCCAGCAGCGCUUCAAGCGGAAGGACCGCAUGACUUAUCACGUCCGCUCGCACGACGGAGGCGUGCAUAAGCCCUAUGUGUGCUCAGUCUGUGGGAAGGGCUUCUCCAGGCCCGACCACCUCAGCUGUCACGUGAAACACGUCCAUUCCUCGGAGAGGCCUUUUAAGUGCCAAGUGACGGCCUGCACUUCUGCCUUCGCCACCAAAGACAGGCUUCGCUCCCACAUGAUCCGGCACGAGGGGAAGGUCACCUGCAACAUCUGCGGCAAGAUGCUCAGCGCCGCCUACAUCACCAGCCACCUGAAGACCCACGGCCAGAGCGGCUUCAGCUCCUCUUGUAAUAAAGACAGUAACGAGGUCUGCAAUUCAGCCUCAGCCACACCCGUAACGGUCUCUGCCCCCAUUACCACGGCGAUGAACCGUGGCAGCGUCAGCAGCAGCAACCCCGUCACCAUGGCGGCGCAGAUGAACAUUGCCACCAGCACAGUCAACAUCACCUCGCCGGUCAGCCUGCAGCAUCCGGUGACCAUCACGGCGCCGGUCAACAUCGCCUCGGUCAACAUCCCGGCGACCGCGCCCAUGAACAUCGCCCACCCAGUAGCCAUCACCACGCCGAUGCCCAUGAACAUCACCACCCCCCUCAACAUCGCCAUGAGGUCUAUGGAGAGCAUGCCUUUUCUGUCCCAAGUUCUGCCUUCCUCUCCUCCCUGGUAAACCGGGCCCAGUUUUCUUCUCCUUUGCCCCCAUACCUACACACCCCUCAUUGACCCAGCUUGCGUUGCGGGCCUCCUCCACCAUGUCCCACUCCCGUCCUACAGAUACACGGUUUACUUGGAGCAGAGUGUCUGCCCCAGCUGUCCAGCGUCGCAGCACAGGAAGCUGUACCUUCUUUUUUUUUCCAUUUGAGUUUAUUUAGAAGGACCUCUGACCUAGAAAUAGAGAGAUAGCGAUGAUGUAAUACAUUGAGAAUAGGCGGAUCUAGCUGGGCGUCAGGCUGAGGCUCCUCCCCUCCCCCAUUUCCACCAAUAGGCCGUCAGCUGACCCCUUUGGGUUCUGGGGAGGACGGGGAACAGAACCUGAAGAACAAAUGCAAUAAGUUUGCAUUGCUGGUUUUAAGUUAAGGCUCUGACACAGCAGCUGUCUUAUAGCCUUCUCUCUCUUCUUUUUUUUUUCCUUUAACUGUAGCCCGCUAAUCAGUAUUUAAUGUUUCAAAGAGGAAAGGCAAAGGGGCGGGGCUUCUCUGUGGGGGUGGUGCUCUGAUCUCAUGAACUAAUGUGCAUGUGGACUCUCAUUUCUCUGGACUGUGCUACAGCGACUCCUGCUGGAGUCUGCCUAGAGGCAGCAGUCUGUCCCUCACUUCUGGAACCUCCCUCCCUCUGUCGCGCCCCCCCCCCCCCCCAACCAAUGGGAUGGGUUUCUUGCACCCUGGUGCCAGCACGUGGGUGUUUUGUGUAUGUGUGUUUUUUUUUUUUUGUGAACGAAGCGGGGGUGUUUUGCACUGACAGCACAUCCUGUGUAUGUGAAUCUGCAGUAUUAUGCGACAUGGUAGGGAGGCUAGUUAUGAGGUGCCCGGGCAGUGCCCUCUAGUGGCCGCAUGCUGUUCUGCGAGAUCGGUCCCAAAACAUGAUUUUCCUAUACUGUUACCAUGCGUGUGAUGGGUUGUUUCAUUAGGUUUUUUUUUUUCUUUCUUUGAAGAUGACCCUGUUAGUAUGGACCUUCCGCUCAGGAAAUUCGCUGACAGUAGCUCAUUUUAUUGCCGCCCCCCCCCCCCCCCCCAUCCCAAUUUCAGAGUGAACUCUGCCCCAAGCCAUUUCAUCUUACUUUGUAAAUAUUUACCGUACCAUGCUUUUUCCUGCAAUAAACAUAACAUAGAAGCUCUUUCACAGGUGUGGGAUCCAGCAACUCCUAAGAACUGUCUGUAUCUCCCUCUGUCUGCUGGAUUUUGAGUCUGUCUCUUCUUGGGUCUUGUUGGUUACUCGGUGACGUCCCCCCCCCCCCCCCCCC